AUGGUAGAGGCGGAGCUGCUAUCUGGUGAAGGCUGGAUAUCGGAUGAAUCAAGCUUCUACGGCGAUGAUGACGAGCAAGAUCGCCUGCACUCACAUUGUGAACGCUUCAAUCCCAAAUAUUUCUGGUCAGCACAGAAGUCGGAUCUGAACGUGGCACUGGCGCCAUACAAAGCUCAAUCCCAAUACAGCGUGAAAAUGACUGAGUUUUCUGAGUUUUCGACUGCCAACGCUACAUUGUCUUCUUCCGCCUUUCCCAUCGACCGCAGAGCGAUGGAAGAGGCCAGACUAGCCAGACUUGGGAAGCGGAAGCGUGAACCCCCACCAGAGGCAGUUCUAUUCAAUCCUGGUCAAGGCUCUCCUGAUGCAUGGCAACUGGGGGAGUCUGCAGAAGACUUCGUCCGGCGUCUUCCUCCUCUGACAACUUCCAUCAACACCUGCGCUUGGAUAUGGGCUCAUAACCCUCACUUCGAUGUCCGCGACAAGAACAAAGUCAUUUCCCAUCGUGCCGAUGACUUCAGGAGCCUUGGGACUCAGCUACUCGGGGAAUCGCUUCAGGCUCGCCAGCAAAUACAAUCCCACAACUUGCAUGGACCGAAGGCUGCAAUCACCAGAUCACUUAACCAAGAAAGCAAAGACCUGCAGCAGCGUAUCACUGAUCUGGCCGUGGAGUGUGGUGUCCUGUCUGGAAAGUGGAUGCUCUUUCCCAAACUGGAGGAAGUCAAUCAGGUAUGGAAGAAGGUCGUCGAAGGUGUCAUCAACAAUCGCCUUGGUCCGACGGCGAAAGUUGCUCCGGACGAAGGCAAACCUGGCGACCGACUUAUUUGCAUAUAUACCAGGAUGCUGAUAGAACCAAAGGACUUCAGAGAUCAGGACGAUGUCCUUCGAGUCCUUUUAGAGCUCGAGACAAUGGGCCUAGUGAACUCUGGACGAUCGAUAUAUUACAAGUCUGAUGCAUUCACUUACUUAGACCUCUACAAACAGACAGCUUCAGAAUAUGGUCUGCAAGCGAGCCUAUACACCAGCUUCAAGAUGAUGGCCGCAGCGAAAGCCGCAAAGGCAGAAUCCUUACCCGGAAAGACGGUAUCAGGAAAGACCUUGUCUGGCAAAAAGCAAUCGACGUUGAACAAGUACUUCUAA